AAUUUGAAUUUAACAAUUCCCAACUUGAGCGUGUCCAAACUGCGACGAAGGCGAUCAAGAAGGGAGAUAAUGCUUCCGCGAUUUUAGAGCUUCAGAAAGUAGAAGAUGAUAUCCUCAAGCGUAACAAGCUUAUUAGAAUUGCAGACAAGUCUGAAGAUGGUUGGAAGGUGGUUGAUGAGUACCUAUCGGAGGAACUCGCAAGUGAUUCCGAUGACGACAAGAAAAUCAGAGCUGCUCAAAACAGAGCAGCUUCAAAACGUAGGAAAGCGAAGAUUAACAGGUCCAAGGCUACACCCUACAAAUCCCAACGUCGGCCUCAGGAAACUUUCCCUAAUCCUGAUGCUACUUUUCGUAGCUAUAUGCAACAAGGUCGACCUCAAUUUAACCAGGUUCAUACAUCGAGACCAUUCGACUUAUGCUUCGGUUGCGGCAAGUCGGGACAUUGGAGGAGGAAUUGCCCGAAUACCAAACCCACCAAAGAAGGCACAGGCCUCUAAAGAUACCGGAUUCGCAAUACCUGAAUUAAGCGAAAGAGUCGAAAGAGAUCUGGAAUCGGAGAGGGGAGAGAUGAAUCGAUACUUGUCUUUUCAGACGCCAGCCACAUCGGGUGUGGAGCUUGGUCAGCAGAGUGUGGCGGACUCAAAUUCCAACACAUCUGGUCAGAAGAAGAGCAAGGACAUUGACUUCAAAGACACACUCACGAGAGUUUUAGAAGCUUCCCGGGCAGAGAGCACGGUCAAGAAAUAUAAACGUGCAGUAGAAGCAACAUGGAAUGCGUGGUGUAGAAACAGUGGCACGUCAUGUCAAGACUUAUGUCAAGAAAGCAUUGCAAGGUACUUUAUAUUUUUGUUCAAUGGAGGAUCUCCAUAUAGCAAAAUAGAGACAGCUUUUUAUGCUUUAAAAUGGCAAGUUGAUUGUUCAAUUAAUACAAGGAACAGAAGUAACCCUUGCGAAUCUAAGUUCUUGAAAUUGAUUUUAGAAGGGAUCAAGAGGAUCCUAGCAAGACCGGUGAAUAGGAAAGAACCUAUUACCCCUGACAUGCUUUUGAGUAUCGUUCAUAAGUUUGACUCUGGAUCUGUGAAAGAUCUUCGUAAUUGUUCUAUGUUAUUGUUAGCAUAUGCAGGUUUUUUAAGAUUCGAUGAACUUUCCAACAUUAAGCUUAGUGACAUUGAAUUAUUUGACUCUCAUAUGAAAGUUUUCCUUGAGAAAAGUAAAACUGACCAAUUUCGAGAAGGAGCCUGGGUAAUCGUUUCUACCACUGGAAAAGCGACAUGUCCAGUUAAUAUGAUGCGCAGAUAUUUAGAGAGUACACAAUCUGUAUCUAGAGAUGAAAAUGAUUUUGUGUUCAGGCCUCUUACCUUUUGUAAAUCUCAAAAUUGUUACAAACUCAGAAAAGGAAAGAUGUCCUAUUCGAGAUGCAGGGAGAUUUUCAAAGAAGUUCUAGAAGCUAUCGGGGUAAACUCGAAACAGUUUGGGUUACAUAGCCUGAGGGCGGGUGGUGCUACGGCAGCAGCCCAAAUCGGAGUACCAGAUCGCCUAUUUAAAAGGCACGGCAGAUGGGCAUCAGAUUCUUCUAAAGACAGAUAUGUAAAAGAAUCUCUUAAAAUAAGAUGUUUGUUUCAUUAAAUUUGGGUAUUUGAAAUUUAUGCAAAUCAUUGUAAUGUUUUAAAGUUGAUCUCAACAUAUCAUUCCAGCAUUGAUACCCCAGUAAUAAAUUACUGGAUAACUUGAUAAUUUUGUUUAAUGAUUAUCUAUAUGAAUUCAGAAUGAAUAACUAGCAAUAUUGAUAUCCUUUAUACAACAUACCCGUUCUUUAGUCUUGACUUAGAGAGAGCAGAGAAAAUGUCUUGUCCCUGCAGCUGAAGUACGGUGCCUCUCAAGGUAAUAUAAUUCUAAUUUAUUAAUUAUAUAAUGUUUGUUUCUUUUGCAAAGAAAGAGGCUCAAUAGGAAAAUAUUUAUUUCCGGUUGAGCUAGCGAAUUAGGAAAUAAUGAUGUUUCCUAUUGUUGGUUACGUGCUUUGCAUUCCAAGUAUGCAAAUCAGUUGGAGAGGCGGGAAAGUUAAACUGUGUGCAGUCAUGUAAGAGUAGUUUGAAUCAUUGACCGUUUUCAGCACGCAGCGGACAAGUCACGCUUCUAAAAA